CCAAAACAAAGAUUUCUCUUUUCCUCUCUUUACUCUUUUAGCUCUCUCUCUCUCAAAAAUCAAAUCUUUGUCUUCUUUCAAAGUACUCAGUUCCUUAAAAGAACCCACUCUUUAUUCACCUGAAACCCCAACAAAAAGCCAUUAAAAAAGAACAGCUUAGAGAACAAAUGUCUUCAGAAGUUGGCGACAGGCGUCCGGCUAGACUGCCGGCGCCGGCAAACGGAACACGACCAUCGGAACCGGAGAACUUGCCAUGUCCACGCUGUGAUUCUACGAACACAAAAUUCUGCUACUACAACAACUAUAAUCUUUCUCAACCUCGUCACUUUUGUAAGUCCUGUCGCCGUUAUUGGACACGUGGCGGCACCUUACGUAACAUCCCCGUGGGUGGUGGCACACGGAAGAACUCCUCCCACAAACGCCCCCGCAAUACCACCUCCGUUACAGCUCAAGAAUCAGUAAAUGCCACCCCUAUCACAAUGAUCGGGUCGGGUCAAUCAUCCGGGUCGGGUUCGGUUUCAUUCAUGGGUUGUGAAGUGAACCUCAACGAGUCAGUGCAAGAAGCUGGAGGGGCAACUAAUGGGACGUUUACUUCGUUGUUGACAGGUCCAGUGGGUGGUGGGUUUGUGCCAUUAGGUGGAUUUGGGCUUGGGCUAGGUGGGUUUGGGCUUGGGAAUCUUGAUUGGCCCAUGGAGCAGGUCGGCGGAGGGAAUGGCGGCGGCGGAGACGGUGGUGAGAAUAUGAAGUGGCAGCUAAGUAGUGGUGAGAUUGAAGGUGGCGGCGGAGGAAUAGGUGAGGAUGAUUGUUUUGGUAAUUGGCCUGAUCUUGCUAUUUCUGCACCGGGGACCAGUCUUAAAUGAAGUACUUACAAAGUACUGAGUAGAAAUAUUAUACUUUAAGAGUUUCAUGGAAGAAAUCGAAAAAAAGAGGUGUUUGUUCUCUUUUGCUUUUAUCUUUUAUUUUUCUUUUUUCAACUUAAAUGGUCUGUCUUUUUGCAAGUUUUUGGGUGCAUGGAUUGUUUUGGCUGUAGUAGUAUGUGAAUGAUUCACAAAGGAAUGGAAAAGCAAAGCUAUUUUGCUUGGAGAAUUAGUGUUUUUGGUUUUUUUUUUGUAAAUUUAUCUUGGGGGUCUUCCUUUUUUAACAGAAAUAGGUCCAACUUCAUGAAAUGAAAAAUAUUAUUUUCGUUGUUA